AUGCCUAGCGAAGACGUUGCCUCUAUUGCUGCUCAGUUGAAACCGUUAUCAAAAAACGUUAAGAUAAUCCAGAAUCAUAUCGUAGCGAGCGCUUCAACAGAUAUAGUAGCAACACCUUCUUUACGCAGUUCAGCUGCUAGUUCAUCUCCAGUUACAAUGCCAGCAAAAAAGGUUUUGAUGUUUAAAGAUACAAAUUUAAUGAAAUUAAAACAUGAUUAA